AUGAGCGACAAGGAGCCACCAAAGCGGCCGCCAGUGACCUCGACGACGCUCUUCCGGGUGCUCAAUCCAGAGCUCUUCCUGCGACCCAACAAAUACGUGAUGGCGUUCGGACUGGGUGCCCUGACGCUGAGCCUCGGCUUUGUCUGGUGGCAGUCGGAAGGACAGCUCGGGCCCAACUCGAGGUGCUGA